GUGCAAAGUCCUCCUGAAUGCGCUGUCUGAACCUGGGAGGAAAGGAGGAACUAGCUUUGGGGACACUGGGGAAUCCAUCCGACUGCCGUAAGGGAAGGGGAAAACUGAGUGGAUGCGUCCUCACGUUGUACUGCCCUGAGAUUUUGCCAAGGCUUUUGGAGUGUCUUGGAGCUGAAGCCACCUGUUGGGAAGGAACAUGAGGUUCCCUUGGAGAUCAUUCAAGAGGAAGAUGGAAGGAGCCAUUUAAAAUCGAGUUAAACUGCAGGCUGCAAGACUGGGGCCUGAGGGCUGGCAGUGGAAAACUCUGUUGGGCUGUGAUCUCUCACUGAAAAGUCCCGCGUGCCUUUUUGCUUCCUGCAAAAGGAAGGAAGACAAGGAGGAGACCAUGUCCAUAGCCUUGAAGCAAGUAUUCAACAAGGACAAGACCUUCCGGCCCAAGAGGAAAUUUGAACCUGGCACGCAGAGGUUCGAGCUGCAUAAGCGAGCUCAGGCAUCCCUCAACUCGGGCGUGGACCUGAGAGCAGCUGUGCAGUUACCCAGCGGGGAGGACCAGAAUGACUGGGUGGCGGUGCACGUGGUGGACUUCUUCAAUCGCAUCAACCUCAUCUACGGCACCAUCUGUGAGUUCUGCACUGAGCGGACCUGCCCCGUGAUGUCAGGGGGUCCCAAGUACGAGUAUCGGUGGCAGGAUGACCUCAAGUAUAAGAAGCCAACUGCACUACCAGCUCCUCAGUACAUGAACCUGCUUAUGGAUUGGAUUGAAGUCCAGAUCAACAAUGAGGACAUAUUUCCGACAUGUGUUGGGGUGCCCUUCCCAAAGAACUUCCUUCAGAUCUGCAAGAAGAUCCUGUGCCGUCUGUUUCGGGUCUUCGUCCACGUCUACAUCCACCACUUUGACCGGGUCAUUGUGAUGGGGGCAGAGGCGCAUGUCAACACCUGCUACAAACAUUUCUAUUACUUCGUCACGGAAAUGAACCUCAUAGACCGCAAAGAGCUAGAGCCCUUGAAAGAGAUGACAGCCAGGAUGUGUCACUAACAUCCCACCUCAUCUACCUGAAGAAAGGAACAGUUUCUCCCAGGAGUCCCCGUGGGACAGGAAGUGGCCCUCUCUGGCUGAAAUGGUCCUUGCUUCCAGGAGCAGGAAAGCUGGAGCCCCACAAGGACUUCUGAAAGAUGUCUCCUACCCACUUCGUGUGCUCUUAACCCUCUAAGUGCUGCUAGCCAGGGCCUGUGGGCCAGGCAGACCACAGCAUGAAGGACCAGCCUUGACCCCUUAGGCUGAGGAUAGUGCAGGAGUGGCCACUGCACUUCCAAUCACGUCACGCGUGGCUGUGGCCUGCCCCCUAGGCUUCACUGGAAUUCAGGUUUUGAGACUGAGAGGUCUUUCGUUGUUCUUUUCGCUUAUGUCUUAUCAGACUUCUUGACUAACAUCUCUGUCUUUGAUGUUUCUAAGAACCAAUCAAAUUUGGGGAAUACCAUUUUCCUAUCCCAUUUUCCUAUCCCACCUCUCCUUGAGUCCCUGCAGGCCCAGGUUCUGGGCCUGUGGCUUAACCUUGUACGGGGCUUGAAGCUGGGAGGGGCCUGCAGUUCUGUUGGCGGCACCCAUGGCAUUUCCCUCGUGGGCUGUUUCACCAGGGACCAUCUGAUGGAGGACAUGAUCUGUGCCCCCUACAGGCCAUUCAUAUGCUAACCACUGGGAAGAGUCUGGAAAUAAACUGGUGCGUUACCAGUUUGCCCUGGUCAGGAUGGAUUUUUGUAGCCACAGUCCAUCAAAGAUAUACUUUCCCAUUUCCCACAAGAGAGAACUAAAGUCACAAAUGACCACUGGGGUCCUUGAGCCAGAUUUGUGCAGUGUUUGUUCUUUAUUGAGGAGUAGUGAGUCCUGGCUGACCAGACAUUUUAUAAUGUUAGGAUUUCAGUGACAAGACAAGACUGUUGAUAUUUGGGAUGUGUAGAUCAAUACACUUGACCUGUAGCCUUCCCUACUUGACCUCAGAGCUUCUGAACUCAGCCAACGUUUUCCCUCCUCCCUAGUCUCCCUUCUUCUAUUCCUGUUUUCCCUCCCCAUCCUCCCCUUCCCUCUCCAUCUCUUCUUCAAUCUCUCUUCUCUCUCAUCUCCACUCUAUUCUCUACUCUGUGUGUGUGUGUAUGUGUGUGCAUGUGUGUGUGCACAUGUGUGUGUGUGUUUUUCUCUUGCCCACUGUCCUUCCAUCUCUUGUGUUCUAGGAAGACACAGAGUUGAUUUCUGUGCAGUAGUUGUGCUACGGUUGCUAAGGUGUUCCUCAAAGCCAAGGCUUUCCUUCCGGCCAUCAGAAUAACCGUUCUGUGCGUUCCUGCUUUUGGAAGCUUGGGGAAAUGAAAUGUUGCCUUCUCUGAUUCAUUCACAAAGCUGUGGUUCUGACAGCUUGACUAAGAAGUACUCAUACUUCCCACGACGUUUGAUUUUUAAUAAAGUAUCUGUUGGUGGAGGGAAGUAGAUAUGAAUGUAUUCUUGCAGCUAAUGUAAUAACAGAAGAUGACCAAGCUAGUCUGAUGUUACUUAGUAUCUCUAAUAUGUUAAAGCCAUCUGUGACUGCCACAAAAUCCUAGAGAGCAUGGCAUCUUUGCCUAAUGAUGAAAAGGCUGACUAUAUGGAGUACAUAAUGGGACCAUGUUUAGGACAACCCUCACUUCCCGUCUCGUGGAUGCUGUCCUACGAAACCCAACACUGCUAACGUCUUUUUGUUAUUGACUUGCUCUGAUCUACAGGAACUUUUUAUUUUCUCUUGAAGUAACUUUUAGAGACCAAGAUGGGCCUAGAAGCAUAUCUGGCUAAGGGUCCAGAGAAACAAAGCCCUGACUUCCUGACCUGUGCAGGAUGGUGACUGUGAGAAUUGGCUGCCUUGGCCUUGAGGUCUCUGCUGCUUUGUACCUUGAACAACCACAGGGCUCAUGCAGCGAGAGGUCGAAUAAGUGCCUGCAUUUCAGUAGUGCCUAGCCAAUGGGGAAGCCUGACGCUGAAAACAUUUGACAUUUAUUCCUAAUUAUUUUCUCUCAGUUUUCUGUGUAUGUGAAAUUUCUAUCCACCUUAAAAAAUCCAAUUUUUUUUUAACUUCUUAGAAUGGCAUUCUCUGGCUUGUAUUGUUAAUUGCACUAGUCCGCUCUUGGAGGAAAGUCUAGUCAAUUGCUCUGCUUUUUAGAAGGAUGAGGUGUUCAUAUUUCUACAAAACUUUGUUUGGCUGAUUCUAAAGAAAAAUCAUCUUGGGCUGUUUUGAAGCCUUUGGCCUAACUCCAUACGUCUGUAUUGUGAACAGACAAUCCCUGCAGCCCCUGGGACAGCACAGGCCUGCUCUGUCUUUUAACCUUCUUCUUCCUGCUUUUCUGCAUUUGUUUUAACUUCGGGAAAGUUCACAGUUGAAUGAUUGCGAGCACCCUAUCCUUUAAGUAUAGCAAGUGCUAGCGUAUCACCUCGUUUCUUUCUCACCAUAAAUGUGCUCAUUUCUGAGCCAUCAGAAAACCAAGCUGCAGUCAUCAUAAAGCUUUGAAAUACUCUGUCACCCCCUCCUGUUAGUAAUGAGGACAUUAUCCUAUCCGUCUUCAGUGGCAUCAGCUCCAAGAGCCUGAAAUGGAUAUUCAAAUUCCACCUCAGAAGAUUCUUUGUCAUUGAUUUGCCUUAAAAAAAAAAAAAAUCUAGGAUGUAAUCAAGAACUACACGUUGUAUCUAAGUGUCACUGUCUUCAUUUCCAUUGACAGAUGAUCAUUUCCUCUGUGUGUGUCUGUGUGUGUGUGUGUGUGUGUGUGUGUGUGUGUGUGUGUGUUCUUUCGUAAUGUAUGUGACUGACAUUCCUGAAGAACCUAAGCGCUGGUUUGUUUAUGGGGUGUGCCCAUAUUCUGGAGGCAGUGAUGAGGGUAACAAUGUUCACAGUGAUGAGACACCCUCCUUGCAUCACAUUAGAAAAUGUGAACGUCCAAUCGAAGACUAAUCAGUGGGCUCAAGGUUAUCUGCCUGGACCAACCAAGUUGCAUAAUUCGUCGUUAAGCUCUGGGAUUCGAUACACGCACCAUUUAUAGAAUAUGAAGCUCAACGUGUCUACUUCACUUCUCAGUGUUCUAUCAGAGGUCCCCAGUCCCCAAUAUGAAAUCCCUUGCUGUGGAAGAUGAAGACGUGUAAAAGGAGUCCGACCUUUCCACUUAAGAUGAAAAGGAGCAGGAAUUUUUCAUUUGCAAACGAUACAUACGAAUGCUGAUUCAUGGACAUGUGAUGAUCCAGAGGCAAAGUGCGUGUGUGUGUGUGUGUGUGUGUGUGGUGUGUGUGUUUAUUUUAGUGAUUUCCCAUUCAGACAGACCCAUAGUUUCCUCGUUGAGCUCAGCUCAUGUAUUAUGAGACAGUGUCCUGACUGUCUCAUAGUCCUGACUAUCCUGAAACUCACUGUGUAGACCAGGCUGACCUUGAACUCACAGACUUCAUCCUGCCUCUGCUUCCUGGAGUGCUGGGAUUAAAGGUGUGUGCCACCAUAUCCAACUGCUCAUAUGUUCUUGUUGAGGGUGAGGUGACUACUAAUUAUUUGGGGGAGGCAAACAUCUUAACUUUCACAGUAGGUUGUGCCUCUCCAAAAGAGGUGAUUAGGAAUCGGAUUUUUUUUUAAGAUUUUGAUAAUUUUAAAUAGACAACAUAUCCACAAGUCUGGGCACACUCUGAGGUCACAAGCCUUACAUUUUUGUCCUAAUAGAUACUGAUAUCAACCAUCUAGUGAGAUAUCUUCAAUUUGCCCUCUGGGGUAACGGUUUAAACUGGGGACACACUGGAGAAACAGAACCUUAGUUCUUCCAUUUCUGUCCCCCAGAUGACCUCCAAGCCCCUCAUCCGGGCCUCCUUUGCCUCUGACUUCCUACUGUGUUCAGCCAAAUCGUGGCAGCAGGACCAACAUUCUUCCUAAAUCUAGACUAAACUGCGGAUCUCGAUUCUUUUUCUGCUUCUUAGGCUGUUGCUCUUCUCUUCCUUGAAUGUUUUCUUAUUUCUUUCCUCAGAGUUAGGAUGAAUGGAGGGAACUCCAGAGAUCCCUAAUUUAUCCUUCCUAUUCCCCAACCAUGCCGCAACAUUCCAGGUAGACCCUGUUCUCCUUUCACAGGUAGCCAGGCUUAGAAGGUCUACAGAACCCUCUGUACGACCCACAUGACGUCACAGCCAUAGAAACCUUCCAUCCAAGCGGAGCCAGCUAGUCCCUUUGAGCUCCAGCCUGUCUCACACCUUUUAUUUAGGAAGGUCCAGGGACUGUUCAGCAGCACCAGUAAAUGCUAAGGGCUGAGAGUUUCGUUUGCACGGUCAUGAAAUGUCCGAAGACCAGUGGUCCUUCAGCCUGCCUUCUCAGCGACGCAGUCGUGGCUCCUCUCAGGCGCUUUGCCAUCCUCCCACUAAGAACUAAGCUAGAAGCCUCCCCCCAAAGCUCUCCCUCUGUCUGUGUUAUAGACACCCCACACUGUGAAUCUGAUAAGCAAUUAUCUCAUGCCUUCUCCAGGUCCUGCUGUGUUUUCCCUAGACUUGGCUAUAAGAGGAAUCUUGGGGUUUUCUUACCUAUUUCCGUUGACCAUAUGAAACUCUAACUAGGUCAUGUUGGGCAAUUCCAAGUUUCCCUUCUCCCUGCUUUUAAUAUCCUUAAUCAUAACACACUGGAUUUGGUUGAAUUUUUCCUUAGCUGGAAAACAUUAAGGGAUUUGAUUUAUGCUGGUCCACGCUUAGUCAGUCCAUCGUCACGGGUGAAAACACAUUGCUUCCAAUAAUCCCUCGGCAUGAGGAAAAGAAUACAGCGUGUCUUCAAGAAAUGGCAAAGACAUCAUUUGGGUAAUAUUGUCAUUCUGGCUUUGAUUAUUUUGGUUUUGAAGAAACUGGUAAUUCCUGUCUAGAACUAGCCAAACAAAGUAUAUUUUGGAAGUAAUGACUUCUUCCUGGUUUUAAAAAUGUUUAGCAGAAAAAUUUUAUAACAAGCUAUUUUCCUCUGGGCAAUAUCAAAUAUGGGUAAAAAAAAUUUCAAUAGUAUGUAAAAAAAUUGUGUAACGUAGAAGAUGGAUCUUUUUUAAUGAAGUGAGCUAUUUUACUAGCUUCUAGUAUUCUGCUUUCAAAGUUUUCCUGCCUCUUUUUAAAGUACAUCUGAAAAAUGUUAACUAUAUUUCCAUUCCAUUUAUGAUUCAGCUAAGGAUGUGGCUGCAAGAAAGCAGGCUAACAUAAUUAAAUCAAUUAGAAGAGCUAGAUAUAUCUAAAGAAUAUUUAUGAAAUAAAUUUCUGUGUGAGCUUAAGGAUUCGAUGUCAUGAAUAAAAGCUACAUAGCCACC